GAUUUUCAAAUUCACUAAGCUCACUCUCUUACUAGUAUCAGAACCUCCACCCUCUAACACCAUGGUCAACUCCUGUUGUGGAUCGGUCUGCUCUGACCAGGGCUGUGGCCAGGAGACCUGCUGCCGCCCCACCUGCUGCCAGACCACCUGCUGCAGGACCACUUGCUGCCGCCCCAGCUGCUGUGUGUCCAGCUGCUGCCGCCCCUCCUGCUCUAGUUCCAGCUGCUGCAGGCCCAGCUGCUGCAUCUCUAGCUGCUGCCGCCCCACCUGCUGCCAGACCACCUGCUGCAGGACCACCUGCUGCCGCCCCAGCUGCUGUGUGUCCAGCUGCUGCCGCCCCUCCUGCUCCAGUUCCAGCUGCUGUGGCUCCAGCUGCUGCAGGCCCAGCUGCUGCAUCUCUAGCUGCUGCCGCCCCUCCUGCUCCAGUUCCAGCUGCUGUGGCUCCAGCUGCUGCAGGCCCAGCUGCUGCAUCUCUAGCUGCUGCCACCCCUCCUGCUGUGGCUCCAGCUCCUGUGGCUCUAGCUGCUGCCGCCCUUCCUGCUGCCCCUCCUGCUGCCUGCGCCCAGUCUGUGGCCGGGUCUCCUGCCACACUACCUGCUAUCGCCCCACCUGUGUCAUCUCCACCUGCCCCCGCCCCAUGUGCUGUGCCUCCUCUUGCUGCUGAGCCCCCUGCCCUGUGACCACCACCUCUGUUUACCUCUGCCCCACAGAUGUAGACCAUUCUUUUGUGCUAUUAGGACACAUGGAGCAGAAAAGAUGUUCCUCAACUGAAUUGAGCCCUGAUUCCAUUAAGGAACCAGUCAUGCUGUCAAACAAGAUGGAUAUGGUCCAGAGCACUUAUCCAGUAACAGAUUUUACCCUUCAACCUGACAAUUGGUGAACUCAUUCUCCCAACUUCCCUUUCCUAGGCCUUUUCUGUAACCUGAUAUAUUUUUGUACCAAAAUAAAGUUACACUUCCUUGCAUUAACAA